GUUUUGUGUAGAAAGCAAAAGGUGAAGAAAAAAUGUCAAUAUAUUUCACCUACCUUUUGCUCCAGGCAGAAGAUGGAAUAGAUUUUCUACCUGUUUUCAAGUGACUUAUAAGAUUUGUCUUACGUGAUUGAAGCCAAUUGAAUCGUUGCUAACAAUAGUGCAAUCUGAAAGGUAAUACAGAAACUCGUGAAACAGUGUUUGGCGCAAUACUACCCUGCUAGAUGCAAUCAAAUCUAUAUUCGGAAGAUUCAUUGUUCAACUAUUGGAAUGAGUUUGACGGGGGGCCCACAAACUACCCCCCACCACUGCAACCACCACAUCAUCCUCCGCCUCCAACAAUGAUGGGCCCGCAGUUUGAUAACGGUAGUUAUAACUUCAUUCCCCCGUUGACCGGUCUGCCGAUGCCUAUGGGGCCAAUGGUUCCUGGGCCAUGUCCACCGAACCCGAACAUGAUGGGACCAAUUCACAGAGGAUAUCCCAGAUAUACUUCACCAUUGGCGGCACUUCAAGCAAUUCCACCACCAAUACCACAAACACAACCACCUCCUCCCAUUGUACCAUCGACCCAUCAUUUCAACUUUCAACCUCAGCCACCUCAGCCACAGUUUCCAGUAGGAAUACCGCCAGUGCCAGUACCGCUCAAUCUGGAACCAGUUGUUGAUCGGCCUGCCAUGAACGAUACAGCACCAGCAGAGGAGGUAGUGGUAAAAAAUGGCCAAGUGUUUCACAUUAGCUUCUUGGACGAUCCAGCAGAGCCUCCAACCAGUAAUCCAACGCCAGCCAGUGAAGACGCAGAUAAUGAUGAAGAACGUGAUUGGAUCAAUUAUGACGAAUUACCUUUGUUGAAGCAUGUCACUGGGAGUGAGGUCGAAGAGGGGAUUUUCAAGUGCGGACUUUGCACAAAAGAGCUCAAAUCGGCUUUGAAUCUAUACAUUCACGAACAAACGCACAAAACUACCCGGUUGGACUGCAAAACAUGCGGUAAACGAUUCAAUCGAAUUGGAAAACUCGAACAUCAUGUGCGUAGGCAUCAUCCUGAACCGGCAUCCGAUAAAAAUUCAUCUCCAAACAGCUCGUCCAGCACACCCGUUCUGAACAAUUUCAACCACUACUGUGUAGAGUGUGAGGAAUUUUUCCCCAGCGUAGAAGAUUUUGAAACCCACAUGGAACGAACCCAUCGAUUGGUUGACGAUGCAAACUUCCCCAAAGGUUUGAAGAAAUCCAUCGGCUGUCCGUACUGCGAGGAGACGUUCGAGUGGCCCUGUCUGCUCAAGACGCACAUGACUAAGCACACGGGCGAGAAGCCGUUCAUCUGCGAGCGAUGUAACGUUUCGUUCAGAUUUGUCCAAAGCUUCUACCGGCACAACCGCCGGGUUCAUGGAAUAGAAUCUGCCCCGAAGUAGGACGACAAGGGCAUCGUGUUAGAAUUAGAUGAAAAUCGUAAAAUCGGGCCGCUACUUUAUAAUAGCAUUCAUCGACAUACAUAAGCACUAGCGCGUAGAAAAUUCGAUGAGAUUAUCGACGAUGAUGGGAAUGGAAAUACUAGCUACUGAGCUACCCCUCAACCAACACUAGAGAUUUGACAGUGAAAUUCAAACAUGAUAUUACUAAAUUGUACCACAAACCACGUGUAACAAAUGCUACAAAAAUCAAAAGAUGAAAGUUUGGAACAUACGUAAAAUUGUUAUCCAUCAGCAAACACUAUCUUCCAAAAAGGAAUUUAAUUUCAACCUGGUAAUUACAGUCUUGCCAUCGCUUCCUAAAUCAUACACGCAAAUAGAAGAUACUUAACUUAAGCAUAAAUAGUUUUAAGAUCGAAAAGCAUGGAAAUUACGUAAUUUUACUAGACUUUGUAAUUCAUAUUUGCCACUCUUUGUUACUGUUGUAUACUUUUGACCAAGACCUUUAUACCUGACCCUGUAAGUUGUUUAAGUUUUUAUUUCUACAAGAACUCUAUGUAAUUUUAUUCUUACUAUUGAAUCUGUCAGUGAAACUGCUCAUCUGCGAUCCCAAGCAACUGGAUACGAUUUGUUACCAUCCGAAUAUUGCGGUGCAUUCUAUUUGUAGUAUUUGUGAUAAGUUAGGAUUUUAUUUAUUACUUUCAUUUCAAAUUGGUCUUCUGAUGUUGAGCCUCACGUAGAAUUAUUGCGAUCUUACUUGGGUAAAGACAAACAUCAUCUUCAUCUGAUCAUUUCAUUUAUAUCCUUGCUAAUAAAGUAAACGUAAAAA